UAAAAUGUCAAAACUGACAUUCUUGGAAAAUAUAAAAUAUCCUGAAAACUAAAAAGUAGGGCCACUAAUUAUAAUUAAAUUCGCAGGACCCUCUGCUAACAUAACAUGUUUGCAAGAAUUCAUUUAUGGUGGUAUAGUUGCUAUUUCACUCUAAAAAAUUAAUAUCAGAUAGUUUUCCUUCUCCGGAAAAACUUUCAGUGAGAACUAUGGCUCCCAAAUUGCUACAACUGAGGAGUUUACUGAGAUACAAUUAUCUGUUCAGAGCUGAUAGUUUAACAGUUUGCUCAACAAAUAUCCCUUUCUAUCGUCAAAACACACAGAAACGAAAUUACAAAAACUUCGGUCACAAACCGCAACCUGAAUCUAAAUUCACAAAGAUUUAUUGCACAAUUCUGGCACUUGGUAUGGUACUUCCUGUGCUUAAUUAUGAAUGGUUCUCUGAAAAAUUGGAGAAAUAUCUACCGAAAGUUGAUGCUUUAAGUGGGGAUAUCAAAAGUGAAACACAUAUAGACAGUAGUGACAACAGUAGUGACAUCGAUGAGGAAGAUGAUAGCAAGAAGAAAAAGCCAAAAAAGAAAAUUGGAUUUAGGGAUCGUAAAAUCAUAGAGUAUGAAAAUCGCAUUCGGCAGUAUUCCACACCAGAUAAGGUUUUCCGGUAUUUCGCAACUCUUCAGGUGCAGGGUCCAACUGUUGAUCAGCAUGAGAUCUACAUGACCCCUGAUGAUUUCUUGAGAUCAAUGACUCCUGGUCUCAAACAGCCGGACGGUUAUGGCUUAGAUCAGUACCGACGCUAUGAUCCAAAACAUUCUAUACAGACUGUACAUCAGGAGUUGGAACUGACACUGGAUGAAGACAGCAUAUUUUAUAGAUUGGGAAGCUCUGGACUCAUAACUUUUUCUGAUUAUAUAUUCUUAUUGACGGUGUUGUCAACGUCAAGGCGUCAUUUCGAAAUUGCAUUUCGCAUGUUUGAUUUGAACGGCGACGGCGAUGUAGAUUGCGAGGAAUUCGAAAAAGUUGCCACAUUGAUAAGACAGCAAACUAGUAUUGGCUCAAGGCACAGGGAUCACGCGGCAACUGGUAACACAUUUAAGGGAGUAAAUUCUGCAUUAACAACAUACUUUUUCGGGCCAAAUUUAAAACAGAAGUUGACAAUUGAGAAAUUUCUAGAUUUCCAAGAGAAAUUGCAGAAAGAAAUUCUGAGUCUGGAGUUUCAACGGAAGAACCCUGAUGAAAAUGGAAAAAUCACUGAAGCUGACUUCACAGAAUUGCUUUUGGCCUAUGCUGGUUAUCCAGAAAAAAAGAAAGCAAGGAUGUUGAAGAGAGUUAAGAAAACUUUUAGGGAUCAUGGGGAAGGAAUCUCUAAAGAGGAUUAUCUCAACUUUUUCCAUUUUCUGAACAAUAUAAAUGAUGUCGAUGUCGCUUUAACCUUCUAUCAUAUAGCUGGAGCUUCUAUUGACCAAGCUACCUUAAAACAUGUUGCUAAAACUGUUGCUCAUGUAACUUUAAGCAAUCAUGUUAUAGAUGUGGUAUUUACCAUCUUUGAUGAGAAUCAGGAUGGACAAUUAAGUAACAAAGAAUUUAUUUCUGUGAUGAAGAACAGGCUUCUUCGAGGACUAGAGAAGCCAAAGGACACUGGAUUUAUCAAACUAAUGCAAUCGAUUAUUAAAUGUGCUAAAGAUACUAAGCCUGCACUAUUGGAUAUUUGAACUUUCUCAGUGUUCAACCACUCUUGAAUUAUUGGUGCUAUUCUCUGUUAUCCCCUUCAUUCAUAUGGAAGAAAACCAAACAGAAUAGUAAAAAGGAAUACCAGAUUUAUAUUUGUUUAUGAUCGUUGACAAAAUUGUUAUUUGCUUGCUUAUUUAUGAUUUAACAGGAUUGUUAUAAUUAAUUAUUCGAAUAAUAAAAUUUUUAUGUUAAUU